GGCGUCGGAGUAACCCCUCCCCUUGUUCCGCGGCGUGAAUGGAAAGGGGAACGAGGGCGGCGUCACAGCGGCAGCCAACACCCCGGCAUCAACAUCCCCAAUAUUGAGGUCAAUCCCGGAACUCCCGUCGACGUCACUCGGUCCCUCACUCCACACGUGGAUUUCGCACGUGGACAGGUCGCGGCUCAGAAUAAUUUCUCACUCUUUUGUAUAACGUCAGUGACUCACUUUGCCUCAUUGUGUAUUAGUUUGAUAAUCAGUGAUCAAUAUUUAAUGUUCGCAAACUGACAUGCUGGCCAACUGAAAAAAAAAAAAAAUAGUUGGCUUGUGCAUCAUGAAGAAAAUAUGUGUGGUAUUAUUUCCAAAAUGAUAAUAUAUCACGAGUUACAACAAAGCCAUUGUACUUAUGUUGCUGAGGCGCAGAAAAGAAAUUGAAGCAGUGUGCUUGUUAUAGCGUUGGAUAACCAGGAAGGCUACAAUAUUUAGACAAUGUUGUUGUCGAGAGACCAAAAGUGUUUAUGUCUCACCUGGGAUUUUUUAAAGCUCUCUUAGCAAAGCAUUAUAUCAUCCAAGACAAAGAAACCAAGUGGGCUUAUCACACACAGGAGCAGUACAAGAGGAAAUCUAUAGAGGCAGCACUACACAAGAAGGCAAACGCGAUGGUGCUGAUGCUCGGAACGUGCGGUGUCCGGUGCGGCAAGGCAGUACUUCUAGUGUUCAACCUCGUAUUCUUUAUGACAGGCGUGGCAGUGAUGGUGGUGGGCGUCUGGUGCGUCGCCGGGGAUGGGCGGGACGUGAUGCUCGCCCUCGCGCCCACGCCGGCGGACACGCCUACGCUCAUCCACCUAUCUUAUGGCCUCGUGGGCGCAGGCGGGGUAGUCCUGCUGACGUCCAUUCUGGGCGUGUGGGCGGCGUUGAAGGAAAACAAAUGUGGCCUUGGAAUGUAUGUGACAAUCGUUGUGCUCGUGAUCACGGGCGAGGUUGCGGUGGGCGUUCUGGGCGUGAUGUACCAGCUGCGGGCGGUGAACAGCCUCGGUGAGUCUCUCACGACCCGACUCAAGGCGCUGUACGGCACACCCGGCCACGAGACCUUCACGCUCGCCGUCGACUACGUACAGUACCAGCUGCAGUGCUGCGGCGUGUCGGGGCCAGCAGACUGGGUGGAAUCGCGGUGGCUGGCGGAGAGCGCGGGUGGCCCAGGGCGAGUCGUGCCACUCACGUGCUGCACGCUACACCCUGACGCCCACGCCCACAUCAACCCGAAGCCCAUUAACGUCACACUGUGCCAGAGCGAAGAGGAACUCUCCAACCGCGUCGCGCGCUUCCAGCAGGGCUGUGUGGGCCGUGUGGUGGGCUGGGUUCAGGCCCAGAGCGGCCUCAUCACGGGCGUCGGUGUGGGCGUGGGCGUGUUGGAGGUGGCGGGCUUGGUGGCGGCCGCCUCUCUCUGCCGCGCCAUCCGCUCCUCGACGGACUAGCGCCACGCCCCCACGCCCACACUCACCCAUAACACCCACCUGGGCAGCGCGAAGAGCGGGCGGGCGAAGGCGACGCCGCCGCAGGAAUCGCAGGGUGCUGCCGAGACCCCCCAGAUGGAGGAACAGCCGGAGGACCC